UGUUGGGCUCACGGUAUUAGAGCUAAAGCGGCGUCUAACAGGUGUCCUUAAGCCCAAACGUAUCAGUAAAGAGCGAAACCGCGAACAGCCCGAAAAAAAAAAGAGAAUUUUCACAUAUGUUCCUCGUUAAACGAUUUAACCCUGAAAAACUCCUCCAAAAUUUCUUCUCGCCCCUUCCCGGCGAAAAACUCUACCAUUCAAUCCACUCGUCAAACAAGCAAAUCUCCCUCCACAUCCGCAACAAUGACUUCACCUCCGCCCUCAACCUCUUCAACUCCAUGCCCAUGAAAACCACAGUCACCUAUAACUCUCUCCUCUCUUUCUACGCAAAAAGACCUGGCAGCCUCAAUAAUGCACUCCAACUGUUUGCUCAAAUUCCCAGCCCAGAUGUUGUCUCCUACAACACUCUACUUUCUUGUCAUUUCAUUGACCAUGACGCCAAUGGUGCCCGUAGGCUCUUUGACUCGAUGCCGGUUAGAGAUUGUGCUACGUGGAAUGCGAUGGUGUCGGGGUUGUUUAGGCUUGGGAAGGUGGAGGAGGGUAGGGAAAUGUUCGGUAGGAUGACGGAGAGGAAUUUGUUUUCGUGGAAUGUGGUUGUUUCUGGGCUUGUGUCAGUUGGGGAGAUGGAGUUGGCGGAGGAGUAUUUUAGGUUGGCACCUAAUAAGGAUGAUGUUGUUUUGAGGACGGCUUUGAUUUCGGGGUAUAUGAGCAAAGGUAAGAUCAAACAAGCACGAGAGAUUUUUAGUAGCAUGAGAGUUAGGAAUCCAGUCAGUUGGAAUGCUAUGCUAGCUGGGUUCAUCAACAAUGGGCAAUCAGAGGAAGGAUUAAAAUUGUUUAAACUGAUGAUGGGGUCAAUUGAGGUGCGCCCGAACCCAUCAACAUUAAGCAGUGCAUUAUUGGCAUGUAGCAAUCUCUCAGGUUUAAAUUUAGGCAAGCAAAUUCAUCAGUGGGCUUCUAAAUUAUCCUUGAGUCUCGAUAUAACAGUUCAAACCUCAUUAGUGAGCAUGUAUUGCAAGUGUGGGCACUUGGAUGAUGCUUCGAAAUUGUUUAAUGGAAUGGCGAGAAAAGAUGCAGUCUCAUGGAAUGCAAUAAUUUCUGGUUAUGCCCAACACGGACUUGGAAAAAUUGCAAUUGAAUUAUUCCACAAAAUGAAGCAAGAUGCAGUAAAACCUAAUGGAAUCACCUUCGUCGCACUCUUAACAGCAUGUAACCAUUCUGGGCUAACCAAGCUUGGGUCACAUUAUUUUGAAUCAAUGGAGAAAAUUUAUGGUUUGAGUCCCAAAUUGGAUCAUUACUCUUGCAUGAUUGACCUUUUGUGUCGAGCUGGCUCUCUAGGAAAAGCAAUGGACUUGAUCCAAUCAAUGCCUUUUGACCCUCACCCGUCUAUAUUUGGAACUCUCUUGGGUGCAUGUCGGGUCCACAAGAAGUUAGAGUUUGCUGAGUUUGCUGCAGGGAAAUUGAUUGAACUUGACCCACAAAAUGCAGGAUCCUAUGUCCAGCUCGCAAAUGUCUAUGCAUCAAUGAGUAUGUGGAACGAAGUUGCUAGAGUGAGAAAGUUGAUGAAAGAGAAUGAGGCAGUUAAGACUCCUGGCUAUAGUUGGAUAGAAGUUAAGGACGUUGUACAUGAGUUCAGGUCAGGAGACCGAGUUCACUCAGACUUGAAGUUGAUCCAUGAGAAAUUGGAUGAGUUGGAGGUUAGGAUUAAAGGGGCAGGAUAUGUUCCUGAUUUAAGUUAUGUAUUGCAAGAUGUUGGAGUGGAGCAAAAGGAGAGGAUGCUGAUGAGGCAUAGUGAGAAGCUCGCCAUAGCUUUCGGGCUGAUGAAAACUUGUCCUAUGACUACGAUUCGGGUGUUUAAGAAUCUUAGAGUCUGUGGGGAUUGUCACAAUGCUGCCAAGUUCAUUUCUUUGGUUGAAGGGAGAGAAAUUUUGUUGAGGGAUAAUACUAGGUUCCAUCGGUUUAGUAACGGUGGCUGCUCCUGUGGUGAUUACUGGUGAGAAAAUGCAAGCCUUUUCCAUGGAGGAUCUUUUCACCAACAAAUUAAACCCAGAAAGUUCAUAGAGCAACAGAAACUACUCGCAAAAGGACGCAUGUGCGCCUUCAGAGAUCACAAUGGAAGCCUCUUCUUCUCAAGAAGUCGUCUUGUUGGAGGCUGCUUCCUCGAGCGAGCGACAAUUGCCGAUAACAGUGCCUUUAAUUGAGAAG